AUGGAUUUUGAGUACGACAAAGAUGCGGCUCCCAGGCCAUUCAUCGGUUCAUUCGGGGGUCAACAAGAUUGGGUCACUAGGGGGGAACUGCUAGGACAGGUCAAGGAUUUGUGGAAUCAACCUGACUUGCUUGUUGAUUUUGCGAACAGGUUUCACGACCAUAUUCGGUCCAAGAAAUGUUUUUCUCUCCUCGACCCCGAUCGGCAAACCGAUAUCAUGGUCAAGAAUGAAAUGAUGAGCGGGUUUACCAAGAAAGCUGCACCUACAGUUCUGAAUACCAUGGAACAGACAGAGGGUGAAUCUCCGCCAGAUUGGUCACGGGCCCUGCGGGCUUUUCAGAAUGGUCGCUUGCGUGCUGUUGAGAAUGACGACACCCAUUGCCAAUUCAAAGGUCUGCUUGGUCCGCAUGAAGUUGGAAUAUUCGAAAGUGAGGUCAGAGCUUUCCGACAAUUGACGAACAAACCGUUACCAUCCAGCGAGGAUUGGAAGGUUGAGCUGAAAUCUCGGAACGCUACAAAAGUCGACAUUGACGCUGCUUUACUGCAAGUCACCGAAGGUCAGAGGUUCUCGUUUUCUAGCUCCAGUAUUCCGACAUACUAA